ACAUGAAAACAUCCACAAUUGGAUAAAUAUAAAUGAAGAAAUAAAACUAAAAAUUCGGCAACACAACCCCAGCAACAUCAUCCUUAGCACCCCAACGCCCUGUUGAAGAAUUUGGUUUUAACUAGCUUCUCUGGGGCUGUUACUAAUGGUGCCAGCCUUGCCUCAAUUUAAAUGAACAGUUGUGACAUACAGUAUCUAGACAAUUUUAGAUCAGCAUUCCUCUCUUCCAUGUCCACCUAAUGUAUUGGCCAUGCUUGCUGGCACUGGAGUUGGCAGUCCAGCCCAUCUGGAAGGCAUCUGAUUGAGAAGGCUGCCGAUAAAAAGAUGUUACAUGGAUAAAAAUAAGGUGAAUAUUAAGAGUUGGCUGUGCAGGGAGAACUUAGAUUAAUAAACUCCCAAAUGUUAAAACUCUGUGUGAUGAUAAGAACACCAUGUAUCCAGCAUGUCCUGUGGCUGACAGACAGUAGCUAACCGAGAUUCCAAACAGAAAUGUUUAAACAGAUGGCUGUAAUUAAAUAUAUGCAAAAAAGAGGAUGUUUUUAAUUGGCUAGCAUCCUAGUAAGCUUUUUUUAGUGUGUUACUAGUAACCAAAUUAUUGCACAUCUCAGCCCAGUUGAAAUACGGUAUCAGAAUUUUUGGGAAUUGGGAUAUUCAGGCCUGCCCCAUAUUCAGGCCUCUUGAAAUAAGCAAACUAUAUCACACUCAUCUUUAUUCGACUGCACCAGAACAUCGUGAAGAUGCCUUGCGUUUCUACUUUUUUUUUUUUAGCAGUUCCGGAGAGAAUCCUUGCUUCCUUAGAUCCACUUAGUUCUUGCUGGCAAAUGUGUUGUUUGGGUCGCUUGCGGCAAGUGCCAGAAGUUGGCAUGUUGGGUCAUCUGCCGAGACUGGUUCUGCAGCUGGAGGCCCACUGCCACACCCGAUGCCUCCUGGGGCUUGUUGUUUCCCUCUUCUUUCUGAGCCAGCAAAGAGUAACAGAGCAGUGGCUUUCACUCUCUGCUUUAUCUCUGCCUGCCCCUGCCUGGGCCAGCAUGGAAGAACAAGGCAGGAGCCUACACUGCCGCAAGGUAGGCAAAGAGUUAAGUGGCGUGCUUGCCAAUGCUCCUCUCUCCUCCCAAGAUACUCUGGAACCAGCAUGUGGAAAUGUUUGAAAUAUUUAAAUCUCCACUGUACAUCCUAGAUGUCAGAGUUGUUGGGAGUUUUCCGGUUCGUCUGUGUUUGCUUUGGUCUGAAAACACAUUGCCUUACUAAGGAAGUUGGCAAAAACUUCUGUGUUGUAAAGGUAUAUUUAGUCUUUCAUUUCUGACUGGAAAGGGGAUACUUCUCUGAAGGAAAUUUUGGGAAUUUUGUGCAGCCGCCUUUGAGAAAUUCAGCUGGCAUUUCAAACAUCUCGGUACAACAAUAAUGGCCAGAAACGUAACUUUUCUAAUCGCAGGUUUCUGCUGGGUGUCCCUUGCAUGGAAACAGCAAUGAUAAUGAUGGAUUUAACGAAGGUGAGCUCAAAGUUUUCUAGAACUGAGUAAUUGCAAAGAAGCUCAUGGCAGCCGCAGGACCGUGUGGUGCAGAAAACCCAGGCUUUCUCUGAGUAUUAAUUAUGUAACGUAUUUUAUUUAUUAUUUGUUGGCCCCAAAAGCGGUUUUCGACCCCUUUUUCUCUAUUGCAGGUAUCUUUAAAAUGUUCAGAGGGGUAUCCAAAGUCUGCAAGCGUUUUGCAACUUGAGAUGGCAAGGUAGGCAGGCGCAAAUUCGUAUUUUUGUUUCUCCCCCAGCUCCCAAACACUGGACGGUGCCAACAUGGUGUGCUAGCGGCUCAGACGAGGGCCCUGCUUCCACAAUGCCUGUGCAGGCAGCGCAGUGGACGGAGUUCCUGUCCUGUCCAAUCUGCUACAAUGAGUUUGAUGAGAACGUGCACAAGCCCAUCAGCCUCGGCUGCUCUCACACCGUCUGCAAGACCUGCCUGAGCAAGCUGCACCGCAAGGCCUGCCCCUUCGACCAGACAGCCAUCAACACCGACAUUGACGUGCUUCCUGUCAACUUUGCGCUUCUCCAGUUAGUUGGAGCUCAGGUGCCCGAUCGCCAGACCGUCAAGCUCAGCAGCCUUGGAGAGAACAAGCACUACGAGGUGGCAAAGAAAUGCGUGGAAGACCUGGCGCUUUACUUAAAGCCGCUGAGCGGAAGCAGAGGUGUGGCUAGCCUAAAUCAGAGCACGCUGAGCCGGCCUAUGCAACGGAAGCUGGUCACCCUGGUGAACUGCCAGCUGGUGGAAGAAGAGGGCCGCAUCAGGGCUAUGCGGGCAGCUCGCUCCCUCGGGGAGAGGACCGUCACCGAGCUGAUCCUGCAGCACCAGAACCCUCAGCAGCUUUCCGCCAACCUGUGGGCCGCCGUCCGGGCCAGGGGGUGCCAGUUCCUCGGGCCAGCUAUGCAGGAGGAAGCCUUGAAGCUGGUGCUGCUUGCCUUGGAGGAUGGCUCGGCCCUCUCCCGCAAAGUCCUGGUGCUUUUCGUCGUCCAGCGGCUGGAGCCGCGGUUCCCCCAGGCCUCCAAAACCAGCAUCGGCCACGUGGUGCAGCUGCUGUAUCGGGCCUCCUGCUUCAAGGUCACCAAGAGGGACGAGGACUCCUCCCUGAUGCAGCUGAAGGAGGAAUUCCGCAGCUACGAGGCCCUGCGGAGGGAGCACGAUGCGCAAAUUGUCCACAUCGCCCUGGAAGCCGGUCUUCGGAUCUCCCCCGAACAGUGGUCCUCCCUCCUCUAUGGCGACUUGGCCCACAAGUCCCACAUGCAGUCCAUCAUCGACAAGCUCCAGUCCCCGGAGUCCUUUGCGAAAAGCGUGCAGGAGUUAACCAUUGUUCUGCAGCGCACAGGUGACCCCGCAAACCUGAAUAGGCUCCGUCCGCAUUUGGAACUCUUGGCUAACGUAGAUCCUAAUCCAGAUGCAGCAUCUCCAACAUGGGAGCAGCUAGAAAAUGCCAUGGUGGCUGUUAAGACUGUUGUCCACGGCCUUGUAGAUUUCAUCCAGAACUACAGCAGAAAAGGCCCUGAAACUCCACAGCCUCAGCCAAACAGCAAGUACAAGACCAGCCUGUGCCGCGACCUGAGGCAGCAAGGCGGGUGCCCCCGCGGGACCAACUGCACCUUUGCCCACUCGCAGGAGGAGCUGGAGAAGUAUCGGCUAAGGAACAAGAAGAUAGGUGCCCCCGCGAGAGCCUUCCCUUCGCUUGGAAAAGCCAGCAUCACAAGCGCUGUCCCCACCACAGGGGGGAGCAUCAUUUCCAUCAUAGGGAACACGGAUCCGGCGGGCAAGGCAGCAUCGAGCACCAACGGGAGGACCAGCCCAGAGAGCGGUGCCCCCCAGCUGAUUCCCCGCAGCACCACCACUGCUUCUUUACGGACUCUGGAGCACGUGAAGAAAGGGGGAAAAGCCGGGGCUAAUGGCCAGAGUGCCUCUGGGUCUCCCACAGAAACUCUGCCCGAACAUAGAAUUGGCUCCCCUCCAAAAACUCCUAUCAAUCAGACCGCAGCUACCUCAGCAGGCCCCCUCCCUCCCCCUCCUCCUCCCCCCCUUCCUCCCCCUCCCCCUCUUGCCGGCUCCGAGAUGAGCCCCGUCGCCCCCAAACCCAGCCCUUUCGCCCCCCGAGUGCCCAUCUACCCGGCUCACUCAGACAGCCUUCCGUACUUCCAAGACCCCCGGGCUCAUCUCUCCUACGAAGCUGCACCUUACCCGCAAACAGGCUACUACCCAGCGCCCCCGACGGCCCCCGCUAGCAUGCCUCCGUGCCUCCCUCGCUUUGUGAGGUCCAGCAGCGUCUCAGAACCCCCCCUCCCGCCUGCCUCGGUGCCCUACAGCGAACAGUACAGCACGUUUCCCUCUCGGGACCGACUGGCCGCUGCUUACCAGCAGGCGCAACCGCAGCCCUACGGGCCGGUCCCGCCGGUCCCCUCGGGGAUGUACGCACCAGUGUACGACAGCCGGCGUAUCUGGCGGCCGCCGAUGUACCAGAGGGACGAUCUCAUCCGGAGCAGCUCUUUGCCUCCCCUGGAAGUCACGCAGCCCUCCGUCUACCAGAACUUCCUGCAGGAACGCUACGGCUCUGUGGAUAGCUACUGCUCCGUGCCCUGCCAGCUGCCAGCGGAGCAGAGGGCCUCUGUGCCCUGGUCAAGGGAACCUUGCGGCCACCUGAAGCCUGCUUACGAUGACCCCCUCAGAAGGAAGCCAGAACAGAGGGCUCCUUGCCACGCCCCGAAAGUGCCCCUCGUGACUUCUGCUGCUCUUCCUGCAGCCACACCCUCCCCAUCGUCACCGUCCCCUCUCUUCAGCGUGGACUUCGGCUCCGAAUUCAGUGGGAGCUCCAACGGCUUGAGCGUCCCAAAGUAUGAGGACAACCAGCUCUGCCACUACUCGCCCUGGUCCUGUGGUACCAUCAGCUCGUGCAUCGGCGGCGUUGAGUCGGAACCCAAGGACGUCCUGGCUAACUCCAGCGCGGUGCUCCUCGAUCUGGACAGCGGAGACACCAAGAGGCAGGUGCACCUCUUCGAGGCCCAGCGGAAGGCGAAGGAGGAAGACCCCAUCAUUCCUUUCGGCGACGGGCCAAUCAUUUCCAAGUGGGGGGCCAUCUCCAGGUCGUCGCGGACUGGCUACCACACCACGGGCCCUGUGCAGGCCACUGCUUCCCAAGGAAGCACUACCAGACCCAUCAGCGUGUCAGAUUACAUCCCCAGCGUCAGCACGGUGGACUUGAGGUGGAGUUCCUGCAGUUCCGAUUCUGCUUCCUUGGCGCCUUUUGUGGAACGGGACCAGUUCGUUGCUCCCGACGGAUCAGCCCCAAGAAAGCAUUCCAGUGCCGGAGAACUCUUGAGCGUUGAGUUGCAGCAGGCCAAAAGUAACUCGAUGCUGCUCCAGAGAGAGGCCAACGCCCUGGCCACGCAGCAGAAAUGGAGCUCCUUGGGCGAAGGCAGCCCCCUCGCCUUGAAGCUUCUAAGCACGGAGGUGGAGCUGAGGAACGGCGAGGCUGACUACCCCGAGGACGUCGCGGACCCAAAGUCCAACCGAGACAUCAAACUGGAGCUUUCAGCCCUCGAUGCGGACGAGGGGCAGGGAGAGCAAAUUCAAGAGAUGCUGGGCCUGCAGCUUGGCAUUAGUGAUCAAAAUGAUAACCCCUUCAGUGGGUCAGCUCUGGAGAAUGGCCGCCCUGUGGAGCAGCCCCCGGUGGACCCCAGGCAGCCGAAGAGGCCUAUCCUGCAUGAAGAUCUUGCUAUUCUGGAGAAGCAGAACGGAGUCUUGCCAGCGACACCCUGUUUCAGCCAACCGAUGGAGCCCUCCGCAAGCAGCAGGGUCUCCCUGCCCAUCACGGCGUCGGCCAGCGUGGGCAGCCUUCUCCUCAAAACAGCCCACGGGAUUGUGGACGGGCAAAAUGACUUUUUAAGGCCGGUUGCAAAUGGCAAAAUGGUUAACACAUGAGAGGUGUUUUGCGUUCGAGCUUGUGACCAUGCUAAGAAAUGGUUCGCUUUUUUUUUUUUUUUUAAAGAAAAUCCUAUUGGGGUCAUUUGUUUCCUGUGGACUUUUUGAUACAUCAGAUGCCCCUCAUGUCGUAGCUUUCGGGAUAACAAAAGAGAGAAGCGAUGGAGUCGCCAACUUCGCCAGGUUCAGAAACGCUCACUUUCCACGAGAGGCGUGGAAUCUGGACGUGGUUUAACUUCACCGUGGCUUUUCAGUGAGUUUGUAGACACCCCCAGGUCAUUAUUGUUUCGCGAUGGCUGCUGUAGGACAGCGUACCAAAGGCCCCUUAGAGCCCGUCGUUUCUUGGGACGAUGCGAGUCAUAGGAGUACAAGUGAGUGGUGUUGCUGUCCUCGUUUCACGAGGGAGGAAUUUGCACUUGUUUGAAGUUGCUUGUUUCUUCAGCUGUGGAACCGUGCGUGGAAAAGCGUGCGUGAGGAAAGAGGGUGCGAGGGUGUUCCCCACCCAAGACUCUUAAUUCAGGGCGUUGAGCUUUGCACCGGUGCGCGACUUCAGCGGUGUGUCACUUCUUCCCUCCCUGCCUCUCGCUUCCCCUUUCUCUCCUCUUCGACAGCUUGGUCUCUCUGUGUAUUGGGUGGCUUACCUGCGUACAGAUUAUAGGUAGCGAAGCAAACCAAGCGCCCGGGUCCUUCCACUUACGUACUCGGUUGGCUGCUGCCCGGAGUUGUAGGCAGAAUCACUACGUUCUCCUUGGUGGCUCGGCGCAUGCGUCGCGAGAGCACUCAGUCCCCCGGCCCCCUCAACAGGAUCCCCAGGUCGCCUGACAUCCCACGCCUCGCCAGUUAUUCUCUGCAGAACGACACGCCUAAAACUCCAUUGUCGUGUUUGCACUGACUGACACGGUGCUCCCGUUUCUACACCUUAAAAACAUGGAUGAUUAGCAGUUCUUUAGAUGCUCAUGAUACUGCGUGGGCCAUCCUAUUGCUGAGAAUGUUAGUAUUUAGGGUUGUUACUGAUUUAACUCUGACGACAUCUUGAACACUUCCUAACGUAGCUUUAGCUGGGCUUGUACAGAACAGUGAAAAAAAUAAGUCCUCUUUAAGACGUGAUUUUUUUUUAAAGACCAUAAAGUAGAGAACUAUGAUCUAAAAUUGGACCGUUCUCCCCAUCAGCUCUCUCUCCUUAGCUGCUCUUUUUUUCCUCUCUUUCUUUUAAAACUUCAGGCUGCUCCUGAAGAAGCAAGGGGGCACCGUGCUAUCAGGCAAGGAAAUUCUCCCUAUUUGUCCUCUGCAGCUUUCUUUUUAUAAUUUUUACAUUUUUUUUUUUUUUAAAGAAAAUGUUUGUUAAUUAACUUCUGUGAAGUUGUUUACUCUGGAAAUCGUACUGGAAUAUUUUAGCCAAGCAGCACUUCCACCAGGUGUACCAUAUAUACAAGGGCUUGUCCUUCAAUCAAAUGGGUUUCAAAAGGAAACAUAAAAGAUGAUCAUGUUUUUGGCAGGAUGAUGCUGUUACCUCCAAUUGUGGCAUCAAGAUUGUUUAUACGCUCACAACAUUGUGGCAUUUCUCUGAGGGUCACAGAUCUAACUUGGAUCGUUUUAAAAAAAAUCUCACUUCUGAUCAACAUGUCGUUUAAAAAAAUGACGUUGUGCAUAUGAGUUGAAAAAUACAAGGACUACUUGUUUUGAUAAUUCCAGCAAUGUUGUGAAAGUUUUUAUCCGCUAACUUAAUAGUAAAGCGCAAAAGCCUAUUUAUAUAGCGGCCAAAUUCCUUUUCUUGAUUUCCUGUCAGUUUCCGAAGCUUUUCUUCUUAGUGCGGCUGUCUCACUUGUUGAACUAAAAGGAACUGAAAAUUAAGAUUUUGUCAAGUACCUGUCCACGCCUUGCGGCUGCUACGUUCAAUGGCAAAACGCAGUGCUUGCACUCUCAAUUCAGCCGAGCAGCUCUUGUAUAUAUGAAUUUAUAUAUUACCUUCGAAAUGCUUCCAGAAAUUUUCUUUGCGCUGUUCUCAACUUGGGAGUAUAGAACCUUGAUAGGUAGAUAUGCAAAACAACCUUUCUCCUACGUGGAUAUACAGUCGAUAAGGUCUUCCACACUGACGCUGAAAUCAUUUUUCCAAAAUGGAAGGGGAAAAAAAACUGCAUUGCUAUUUUAAAAAUAGAAAAAUACAGAGGUUUGAGAGAUCCUUAUUUUGCCCCCAGGGAAAUGACCCCUUUGUAAAUCAGAGUGCCACCAGUUGUCAGCACAGUCUGAGGGUAAAAUAUGUAUUGCCUAAUCAGAUUGUGUGCAUUUUUAGCUGUUUGGUUGUUUGUUUCUUAAAGUACCAUUUUCUUUCUCAGGACCUUGGCUGCCGGAGGAAGCCCCUUGGAAUCAAUUGUUUACAUACCGCUGUCUCUUUCUCUGGUGCCAUCCCUCAGAAAACCCCCUUCAGCUGGGCUUGUUUCUAAGAUAUCUGAGAUAAGCUCUUUUUUUUUUUUAGUUUGGAGUAGGCUGGGAACACUCCUGCCCUUAUAGGAACUUGGUUUUAAAAAAAAAAAAAAGCGAUAGAGAAUGGCAGAUAAAAGAAAACAGCUGAAACCUCAGCGACGUCCCUUCUUCCCCCACCAGCUUUCUCAACCAAACAUUGGCAUCCUGCUGCGAAACUGUGGUUGGUUGGGUGCUGAUUGUGACUAGCUGGCAUCUCCAGUUGUUUUCUUCUCUUUCUGGGUGCAGAGCAGCGGUCCUGAGGCAGCCAGAUGAGAACCACAGCCUGUUUUAAGGCUCUGUUUUUGCAAAGCUGUGUCAGGCGAGAAGAGGCGCCAAGAAGGAAGACCGAUUCUUCCUUAGCAAACCAGUGGCACUGUUACAGAGAAAUAAAGGAGAAAUUCUAGCUCUCAGGUGCACACACACACACAUACUGAAGCAGCAGAAAAGAGUUGAAGGAGGCCCCUUUGCUUUUCUUCUGAUUCAAGCCUUCAGCUACCAGAUUUUGAGCAUGAACCGAGCGAUCGGCCAUGCUGUGGUGGAUGAUGCCCGCCGUGGUUUGUAUUGGAGCAGACUUAAGGGGAGAAUCGGUGUUGCAAAGACAGCAGGGCUUUGAAGGAACAAUUUGGCAUUGCAGAAACUGCAUUGUGCUAGUCUUGAGUAGGCAGAUUUUCACUGUGCAUCUCCUGCACAGGUUUUCCAUCAGCAGUGAGUAGUGGAGCUGAGCCUCGGUCACUCUGCGGCCAGGAGAGAUGUUUCAUCGCUGAAUAUGUGGUUUUGCGCAGAAAGGCGGUUGAGGACUGUGUGGAUCCAUAACAAAAUGCAGAGCGUUCCUUCCGCAGAGUGUGCACACCAAACGCACAACAGCCAGAAUAAUAAGCUUUAAAAAAAAAAACAAAUCCAGACCAGUUGUUAUGAAUGUUGUCUUUUAUAAAAUAAACAAAUAAACAGACUUUUGCAGAACUUGGCCUGCUGGGCUAACUAGGUUUUACACAAUGCAAUGAGAAGAGAAGGGUGCUGACAAUUUUGUGACCUGGUUUUUUGUGAGCAGGUAUAUUUUUCCAGUAUUUAUUAUCUUUGCAAAGUUUAAAUCUGAAUGCACGUCUCUGCAACCGUGCAGAGAAAAAGUGAACUACGCGCUAUUAGUUUGUUUUUAAGCACCUUGUAUUUAGGAAGACUCUUCAUCUAUUAUGGGCUAGCGUAGUAAAUUAAGAAUGCGAUGACAGAUAUGCCAGCUCUUUCAACAUUCAGUUAUUUCCUUCAUCCCAGUACCAUAACUUGAUAGCAAAGUGGCAUGCCUUCCGGAUGUGUUGGACUGCAAAAUCCAUCAUUCACAGCCAAUGCGUCAACUGCCUUUGGUUGGAUACGUUGGGGGUUGUAGACCAAUGCAUCUGGGGAGAGCAAAGAUAUCCCACAGUAAGAUGUCAGAAGGAUACAUGACAAAGGAAGGAUUUCCCCCCACCCAUUCAUAUACCUAUGCUUUUGCAAAGCGUUAACGGGCUUUCUGUCUACUUGACAAAGUCUGACAUUAAAGAACUCCUGGCUGUAUGUGCAAGUGCCAGACGACAGGGACAAAGCUCAUUUGCACAGAUCCUACCUGCUUCCCAGAUGGGUUACUGGUCCAAGGCAUAGGAAACGCAUGCAUUUCUCCUUUUUUGGGGCGGAUAAAUCCAUUAUACUGUAGUUGUGAUACAACACGUGUGGUUUUUAUUUCUACUGCACACACCUCCUGUACAGCCACUCCAGAGUAUUGUAAUUUAGCAUGCAGUAUCUACUCUCCACGUUUACACUAUAUACUGCAUAUAUUCUUUUCCCUGAAAGUCGAAAGGAAAGAAAGAAAAAGACUUUGUUUCCUUGAGUUGAUUUAAGAUUUUACAAACCUGCUUAGUCUAGAACGUUUGGGAAAAGAGGCCUGUUUUUGUCAAUUGUACAACCGGUUGUGAAGCUCAAGUGUGAAUAUUCUUACGUCUGUAUUAGACAUUUUCUUUGCAAAUCUAUUGUUCGAUUAAAAUGUAAAUGAAAUAAAAGAUGGUGUACACCCAUCAUGUAUAAUAAAGCAGACUCCAUCGCUAUGGAUGGAUUUAAUGCUCAUUUUUAAUGGUGCAUUCUCAGCUUCUAUUUAAAAAUAUAAUUUAAAAAAAAAUCUGUAAAACAAAAUAGGGGAUAUAUUUCAGGGUGGGGUAAUGAAUUCUAUUCCAUUUAGUUCCGUUUUAAAUUUCCAAAUUGUAUUGGUUUUUUUCUUCCCUUUUGUGUUAGAGGAAUAGGAUUUACACCGGGGAAGUUUAGACCGUACGGUCUGUAUUUGGGGGGGGGGAGGUUGGAGAGCUGGGAACGGGCUUUGUGAUUUAGCCUGAAUAGCAGGGUGAACUCUGUCUACACAUAUGUGUUUGCUGUAGCACUGAAGUAGAGAUUGUUAGCUUUAAGGCUGGUCACAGACUUUAGCAAAUUGUGGUUUGUUUGUUUUUUUUCCAGUGUUCCAAGAGGGAAUUAAUAGAAAAAGUUUGCAAUACUUGACAUGUAUUUGCAUGCCGUGAAAUAAAAACAGAAAUCUCUGCUUAA